CAAAAAUUCUAGGCUUAAGAGAAAAGGUCGAUGAAGUAAACAAUACUCAUGGUGAAUUGUCCAAGGAACUCCAAUCUGUCCAAGGUCAACUGGUAACCGAGAGAUCAAGAAUCUUUAAAUUGGAGCCAAAGUGGAAUGAUGCACUUCUUGAGAUGUUUACAAUCAAUUACAUCGGUACUUCUCCAUACAUCACCUGUUUGCCUUCGCUCUAUCAUCAUCAAGUCAGCCCAAGGGACAAGUUCUUGAUAUUGUCUUCAGAUGGACUCUAUCAAUACUUCACCUAUGAAGAAGCUGUAUCCGAAGUUGAGUUAUUGAUCGCUGCAUUUCCCAAAGGAGAUCCUGCACAACAUCUCAUAAAGCUGGUAUUGACUUCCAUGAGUUGUUUGAUAUCCCACAAGUAAGAAUGGUCUCAUUCUGAAUGACCAAUAUCUGAUUUUCUGGCAGAAAGAUGUGGUUCGUUCUGAACCAUGAAAAGGUUAGAAAUGUGUUGAUGACACAAAAUAGUUAGACCAAGGUGCUAGAAAUGAUUAUAGUAGCAAUUUUUGCUAUGGUGGUUUUGGCUUCUUAUUAUGUUGCCGGUUAUUGUAAAGUUUUUUAUGUUUACAUCUGCAGCAAGUUCAUGUAACACUUACACCAAAACCUUCUCUGGGGUUGAUGGAGCUAGAAAGCGAUUAGCAGAUGGAGUGAGUCUUGAUAUGUGUUCCAUUUAUACGUAUAUGAC